AUGGCUGCUCUACUCCUCAGCUGUUUGGGUAUCACAACCUCCAAGCUCAGAGCAAAACAAAGGGCGAAGAAGGAACGCGAGCAGGAGUACGAGCAAAACUUCGAUUUUCUGAAGGAACAAAACGCAAACCGAGUUCGACAACUCUCCAACCAAGGAGAGUACCAAGGAUCAAUGGACGGCAGGACUUUGUAUGGCGACGGCGUCACCGACCACAGUUCAGAAAUGCAACAGCAGCAAUCGAGAACCGGCUCUACUACGCUCUCUGCGUCACAAGGCCCACCAAAGUACGACGACAUUACCACCGAAGAAACGGCAUCAAGGCAUUCCGGAUGA